UUCUUGGCGUGCGCUACACUAGCGGCAAGUCAGUUUGGGUGAAGUCGUGCAUUCGUUCCUUGUCUUGUGGAGCUUUAUCACUCCAAUUGAGAAGGAGAGCAGUCUCGCUUUUGGCACAUGGAUACUCUACAGCUUCUCUGAUGUUGCGAUAAGGAGGAGAUUCCAGACCAAACACUACUUUGUUGAAUCCGGAUACCAAACUGCACCUGACAGCGUCAUCCAUUUCAAGUGUCUCCGAAUUGCAGUCACACGACUGGAGCCAUGCCCUGCGUCCAAGCUCAGUAUGGGUCAUCGCCUCAAGGAGCCAGCCCUGCUUCCCAAAGCUACAGCUACCACACCGGUGGAGAAUACAGCUGCGACUUCCUCACGCCCGAGUUUGUAAAGUUUAGUAUGGACUUGACCAAUACUGAAAUCUCAGCCACAACCUCCCUUCCUAGUUUCAGCACGUUCAUGGACAACUACAACAACGGUUACGACGUGAAACCCCCCUGUCUGUAUCAAAUGCCCCACGCCGGAGAGCAGUCGUCGAUCAAGGUGGAAGACGUACAGAUGCACAGCUACCACCAGCAAAGCCACCUGGCCCCGCAGGCCGAGGAGAUGAUGGCCCACUCGGGGCCCAUGUACUUCAAGCCUUCCUCGCCACACGCUCCCACCACUCCAAACUUCCAGGUGCAGCCAAACCACCACAUGUGGGAGGACCCCGGCUCCCUGCACAGUUUCCACCAGAACUAUGUCACCUCGCACAUGAUUGACCAUCAGCGCAAGAACCCGGUGUCUAGACUAUCCUUGUUCUCGUUCAAGCAGUCGCCACCCGGCACGCCCGUGUCGAGUUGCCAAAUGCGCUUUGACGGUCCCCUGCACGUCUCCAUGGGCCACGACGGCCCGGGAGCGCACCGGGGUUUGGACGGCCAAGCCUUCGCCGUCCCCAGUGCCAUCAGGAAACAAGCGGGGCUUGCCUUUCCCCACUCCCUCCAGCUUGCCCACGGACACCAGUUGAUGGACAGCCAAAUCCCCUCUCCCCCUUCCAGAGGAUCUCCGUCUAAUGAGGGUUUGUGCGCGGUCUGUGGAGAUAAUGCCGCCUGUCAACAUUAUGGAGUUCGCACUUGCGAAGGCUGCAAAGGCUUCUUUAAGCGCACUGUGCAGAAGAACGCCAAAUAUGUCUGCUUAGCAAACAAAAACUGUCCUGUUGACAAACGCCGGAGAAACAGGUGCCAGUACUGCCGAUUUCAGAAGUGCCUCAUCGUUGGGAUGGUGAAAGAAGUUGUUCGGACAGAUAAUCUGAAGGGAAGAAGAGGCCGUCUCCCCUCAAAACCCAAAAGUCCUCAAGACCCGUCGCCUCCAUCUCCACCAGUCAGCCUAAUCAGCGCCCUGGUUCGGGCCCACGUCGACUCCAACCCCUCCAUGUCCAGCCUGGACUACUCCAGAUUUCAGGCCAACCCUGACUACCAAAUGACUGGAGACGACACUCAGCACAUCCAGCAGUUCUAUGAUCUCCUGACGGGCUCCAUGGAGAUUAUCCGAGGCUGGGCUGAAAAGGUCCCCAUGUUCGCUGAUCUUCCCAAGCAAGACCAGGACCUCCUCUUCGAGUCGGCCUUUCUGGAGCUUUUCGUUCUGCGCCUGGCAUACAGGUCCAACCCGGCGGAAGGCAAACUCAUUUUCUGCAACGGCGCAGUCCUCCACCGGCUACAGUGCGUGCGCGGAUUUGGAGAAUGGAUUGACUCGAUUGUGGAGUUCUCAUCCAACUUGCAGAACAUGAACAUCGAUAUUUCAGCUUUCUCCUGCAUUGCUGCACUGGCCAUGGUGACAGAGAGGCACGGGCUUAAGGAACCGAAGAGGGUGGAGGAGCUUCAAAACAAGAUAGUAAACUGUCUAAAAGAUCAAGUUACUUUUAAUGGCGGCGGGUUAAACCGUCCAAACUACUUGUCAAAACUUUUGGGGAAACUCCCGGAACUUCGCACACUCUGUAUACAAGGUCUGCAGCGCAUCUUCUACUUAAAACUUGAAGACUUGGUUCCUCCGCCAGCAAUAAUUGACAAACUUUUUCUUGACACCUUACCCUUUUAAAAACAUCAACCACAGACAAUUUCACAUGAACUUCAAAGAACUUCCACGGACUCUUGAGUAAUCCUGUCAGUUUUUUAACCAGUCGGCGCCCUUUUACCCCUAACUAUUCGCAAGCCACGCCAAGCCUCCAAAUACCGUCCACGGAUCCAUUAUUGACCAAGCAGAAGAGGAGGAAAAAUAAAGAGCAUCAACAGAGCUAUAGGCUUUACCACACACGUCUACCUUCUAUCUCUACAGUGAGAAAACGAACACCCUAUUAUGGAGGAAAGUGUUCUCCAGUGUUUUUCUGAAUCUGAAAGUAGGCCUACAUGAAGAAGUUGAACAAUUCCUUGUAACUGCUAUUCCUAAUUAUUGGCAUCAAUGUAAACAUUUAAAUGUAAUAUAAUCCAUUUAUAUAUACAUACCUAUACAUACGAUAGAUUUAUGUGAUGCGUCCAAGAAACGCGACUUUAUAAGAAGUGUAUAAAGCCCGUAAAAACAUUUCGUUUUGUUUUCUUUUAUAACGUGUGCCUAUGUGUCUGUCAGGAUUUCAAAGGAAGUAUUUGAAAAAGGCAACGCAUGUUGUAGGACUUUUUAUAGGCACUUGCUAUUGAGGUGAUGUCUAUAUAACACAUUAUAUUCCGGACACUAUGUAGUCUGCUAGAUUUUAUAAAAAUUCGUAGUAUGGAACAACUUUUAUGUAUGACACAUGUGGAAAAGUAUAUCAUCUGUAUAGGUAAGAAGGGACCCCAUUGUGUUUGUAAAACUGUCAGACAUUCCUCGUUUGUAUGUGUUGUAUGUAUUGUUGCUGUUUAAUAUAAACGUUUCUAUAUUUAUUAUUUUUUUGUUGCCAAAGGCUACAUUACGCAUGGUGCGAUUUUAAAAUGAUUUCCAACCAUUAUUCAUAAUUAGCACGGUGUCUUUGUUUUCCUGUCCGAGAGACGUCUAAGCAAUUAUGGCAUCAGUUCCCAUCGGAGAUUUAAAAAAGUAUGUCAUAUAUAUCCAUAUAGGUUUGUGCUGUACAUCCACUGCCUUUUUCUAUGGUGUAAUUGAGUAUUGCAAUGCGUUCGGU